UACGGUAUCUAAAAAAAGAAACAUUUCUUUCCAAAUCGAAAGAAAAUUAACGGGCAUAUAUGGGCUCUCAUGUUGCCUGAAAUACCGGUGAAGACCCACUACCAAGGUUUUCGUCAUUGGCGACAGCUAUCUACCCCCCUCUCUCUCCACCCCUUUUCUCGCGCUGCUUCUCGUAUAGCAUGCUCGCGGAGGGGAAUGGAGCUCCAAUGUCAUUUCUCCGCUAGUUGGCAAACGCUGUUUUAGACAGAUGCGUCUGAAAUGGUGGCAAAUUAUCGAGAAUUGUGUCUUCGUGUAAUAAAGAACCGUUGACAAAGACGAUGACGGUCUUCUAAAAAAAUAAAUUAUUUCUGGCUUAAAUUACCUUUCGUGUGGUGUUUUUAACACAAGUGAAAUAUUUUUCUGAUUAACGGAUUAGGACGUCUGUAUUGCUCCAGAGAGGGAUUGAUUGAUCGAUUGAUAGUUGUAUAUGGGCACGUCAAAUGAUUAUGGUCAUUAGUUUUUGUGUAACAGUGUUCUAAUAUUAGUUUGCAACUUUUCCUGACAUAUUUAAGGAUUUAAUUUGAAUAUAUAUUACGUAUUUAAUUAAUUUCAGAACUCGUCUAUAAUUAUCUCGUUAUAAAAUAAGGUUUUUGGUGCCAAAAUGUGAAUUUCAAAUACACCGCUAGAAAGAAUUUCAGGAACGCCGCUAGGGUCGCUGUUGUAUGAUACGGAAGGAAGAGCACUGUCAGUAUUUUGCACGCACCUUGUCCUGAGUGGUCGACAUUCUUUCCCUUGUUUACGUCAGAUGUGCGACCUUGACCGAAAAGAUCAAUGGUUGACACUUCCAGGUAGGCGGGGUUUGUUGGAAUUAUUGACGUACUGUAGAAGAUCUUAGAGCAGUAGUCCACUAUUUUUCCUAUGCGUGAGAUAAUUCAUUAAAUAAAACGUACUGAGACUCUGCGUGUAAAGACAACUAUGGCAGACGAUGGGGGAGGACCUCUUCCACCAGGUUGGGAUAGGAAAUAUGAUCAUCGCACGGGACGGUACUACUUCAUUAACUAUUUCAAUAAAACAACAACAUGGGAGGAUCCAAGAUCUCGGUACCGCCAGUUGAAUCAAGUUACUCCUCAGCAUGUACCUGCACCUACCAUGGUAGAAAACAUACCUCUCCAGGACAUGACAGCAGUACGACCGAGUCCAAUUCCGGGGCGUGUGGCAGCAAGUAUGGGACCUGCGAGGGGGACCCCAUUCUCAUCCCCGGCACGUAGCACUAAUGCCACCGUGGAGAGUUCUCUGAGCACUGAUCCUGAUGUAGCAGUUGCCAAAAUUGGGGCCAUGUUUCCUACAGUCAGUGAUACUCACAUUCGAACUCUUCUUAUGAAGUACCACAAUCGCGAGGCAGUGGUGGUGAGUGCCCUGCAGGUUGAGAAGCAUCCCCUGUCCACCCCUGGGCCAUACGCUACACCACCUGCAGCUGCACGCCGGCCAGGGCAUAUGUUGUGGGAGGGGCCAGGCUCUCGAUCAGGCAGUCCAGCUCCUCGCCCCCCGCACUCCUCGCCCAAGAUGAAGCUGAGGUGGCCAGAGAAUAAUAUGCAGUGGAAUGGAUUUAUACUUUCUCUGGAGUUACCUGAUAUGUGUUCUUCUUUUGCUGUUAGGAUUGCUUUGAAGUAUCUGAAAAGCGUCUUCCCUAAAGUUGAAGAAACUUUGCUCUUGGAUAUUCUUAGCAACUCGGAUAACAAUGUGCAGAAAGCUACUGAGAAAUUACAGACAAUGGGCUUUGAGAAGAGAGACACUCCACCCCCUCGUCUCACUUUGCGUGGUAAAAGUGAGGAGAGCAACACAAGCCAACCACGUCCAACUGCACAACCAACUCCUCCCCCACGAAUGAAAUCUGUGGAGGAGAAACAAAAAAUGAAAGUUCGUCUGCAGGAACGUCACAAGGAUGUUCCAGAACGUGUGGUUGGGAUUGCUCUAGAUAGUGUUGACUAUGAUGAAGAUAGAGCUUCUCAAAUAUUGCAGUUCAUGGUUCAAGAGGAACAGCGCUCACAAGCAUCUUCCAGUCAACAGAGAAGUGGAUCAACUGAUUCUAAACAAGAAGGUGCCUCAGAAGCUGAUGUGAAACCGAGUCCUGAAUCAAGUGCAUCACGAUCUACUCCUCGUAAAAGUGAAUCUCCAGCUCGUAAGCCUCUGAUUGAGAAAUCUCCAGCACACACUAUUCAGAAGACAUCUCCUGUAUCAGCCACCGCCCAUGCAAAACGCCCAAAGAACAAGAAAGACGUUCCGAAGAUGUCGCGAGGAACUUGCACAGCUGAAGAUGCUGAAUACCGAUCACCUUAUCUUAGUAAAGCGUCUGGACCAAACCCUGAUCUUCAUCUUGGUGCAAAUGAUGAACUUCUGUUAGCGGACUACAUGACCUGGAGUGGUCCCAAUCCAGAAUUACUUCAGACGCCAAGUCCCCGUUCAUCUCUUGCCAAGGGACCUGAUCCAACGUUAUUGGGAGAGCGCACGUAUAAGCCACGAGGCCCCAAUGCUGAGCUGAGGAAAGGUCCGUUGCGGGGACUUGCAAAGGGAAGCAUUUACUCUCGACUGACUGCUUCUGCCACUGCUCAGGUCUGUGGUGAAUCUCGAGGGAAAUAGCAGUACCCUUGUUGUCUCUCAUGACAGCAUAUGUCUGUCUGUUUUGCGAAUGUAAGAACCAUGCUAGGAUUUUAGGCUUGAGACUAUGGAACAUGACAUUAGAACACUUUGUACUUAUUUUUCUGAAUGUCAGUGCCUGUCGAUUGACAGCUCAGGGAAAUAGGUGAGGAGUAGGACUAGUCUAACUCUUUUAGGUUAUGUCCUGCAUUAUUUUCUGAUGAGAUAAUACUUUGAGGCCCUAAUAAUUUCAACAAUUUAAUUCACUUUCACAUUAAGCCACAAUAAGUAGCAUUAUCAAUGUAUUACAAAUUGGUCAAUGAUGCUUUUGCAUUUGUUUCUGUGUGUUAUUACACAUAAACUGAAUUUUUGUUUAAUUUUUGUUGUUGACAUUUUACUCCUCGAUUUCCUUGAUGUGUGCUUUCUUUGAAAAAAUUAUGAUUCAGAAACUCCAUGAAGUUUUGUUUAUACAUGGCAUAAUUAUAGAACAACAAGGCACUAAACUUAAAUCUUUAAUAAUUUCAAUAAAAACUAUCAAAAGUAGCGUUAUUCAAUAUAUCGUAUCUUCUAAUUAACUUGUUUUAAUACUAAAAUUAAAACUAAAAAUAAUGUUAAAAUCUACUUAGUUUCCUAUUGGAAGUUAUAUCAUUAUAAUGCUGUGGCUAAAUACUCGUAAAUGGUAUAUUUUGUGAGUAUUAAUGAUUCUAAAUAGAAGGUCUUAUUUCCCAUCAUAUUACCAAAGAUUAUAUAUUAAUCAAUGCAUUUAGCUAUUUGAGACACGUAAGACUAUUUCUAUUGACAUUUUUUGAUCAAGAAAUUGUGUUCUUUUAAAAUAUUGAGGAUGUUCAUCGAUUAUCUCAAGGGUUAGUUAUAUUCUUUCCUCCCUAUCCAAAUGGGAGGCACACUUCAGUAUGUUACUUUUGUACUUUUUAUUUUAUUUUUUUGAUCUAUCUUCUCUGUCUGGUCUCUUAUACUCUAACACCUACUGUUACCUCAUUGUCUAAUUUUUAGUAGUACUUAUGCUUUAAAAUGUGUGUUGUAAACAAAAGAUAUAUUUAAUUUUAUGACAUAAUGUUCUCUGUUCUUUUGUGUCUCAAUUCAAAAGUUGUUAAUCAUUACUGUGAAGUUAAAGAAAAAUGACCAAAGAAUAGUUAAUUAAAAUGUCUUGAAUUUACUGUACCAUCUCAUUCUUUAUCUUUAUGCCCUAGUAUUCACUUGGUUACCAUUGCAGUAAUAGUAAAAUAUGAACUAAAUACCUCAUUUUCUUUAUAAAAGAAUUUAUUUAUUUUGUUACUAUGGAAAACCUUUAUUUGUAUAUGACAGAAAAAGUAGAUAUUAGAUUUUAUGAUGCACUAUCUUUUGUGUACCUGCUUUGUGUUGACAUGCUAUUCAAAUGUAGGGUGUUUAUAAUGAAUGUAAUAUUUGAAUGAAGAUCUGGUAGUGACCAAACCAGGAUUCCAAUACAAAUCCUAAAAAAAUUAAUCCCAAAUUAUCCAGGUUCAUUUUCUAGCCCAACAUAUUUUAAAUGCACUGACAUUCUGCAUCCUUUUGGAAAAUGAAAACUGAGUAAGACUAUUUAGAUCUGGAUGUUAUUUGCAACAUCGAAUGAAUGUGAGGAAUUUUUUAAAGUGGUUAAUCACGUUAUUGUUUGCUAUUGACAAAUGCAUUUUGAAUAUUGAUUGCAAAAUUUCUUUACAUUGGUUAAGUAAAUUCAUAUUUUCAAGAAGUGUUAAUGCAUUCUAAAUUUUUGAACUAGUAUUCAGUGUAAUUGUUUAAAUAUUAAUCUUGAAACAUACUUUUAUCUGAUUAGUUAUUAGGUCAAUAUGGCCAGUGUUGAUAUUACGAAAUGUAAAUGUACAUUAUGAACACCCAUGACAUUUCGUAAGCUGAUAAGCUAAGUAAUAUAUUAUAUAUCUUAAAGCCAAAUUAGCCGUUAUUAUAUUUGUAUCUUUAAAAUAAAUUCCAAAUUUUUAGUAGCUAUUGAAGCAGAAAAUGAUCGUGGAAUAAAAUUGUAAUAAAAAUGCAUGCAUCAACCAAAACCACUGUUCCCAAAUGUAGGAGACUAAUGUUAAUGCGAGUGCAUAAUGUAAGCUUUGAUAUCCGGUUUUCCCAAUGGAUACUUACUGACAUUGCUUGUGAAUAAUGAUAUACCCAAAGUGUGAUGUUACAAUUGCUGCAUUUUUGUCACAUAUAUUCACGUGUUGGCAGUAUUAAAUCUUGAGAAUAAUUUCUUAUAUUCAUAAGUGACAAAUAGUGUAUUAUAUAUUUACAGAAUACAUAUAAAUAUAUUUAUUAUCUUUAUUGUAGUGUAGCUUGAAAUUCAAUUUGAUUGAAAAUGAAUGAGGUGGAGAACAUUGUAAUUGUUCAUGCAGUGGUAUUUUACAGAUAAUGGAAAAAUAUAGGAUUUUCCUUACAGCAUAUGAAUACUUAAGAAUAUUUAUUCCUAUAAGCAUAUUCUUUGGUAGUGUUAUGUUGGUAAAUUUUGCCUCAUUAAGUUCUCAAGGCAGUCUCAAAGAACAUUUUUAAGAUCAUUCUCUUUUUUUAAAUAAUAAAAGUAAUAAUAAAUGUGUAAGUGUGAUAUUUUGAAUAUGAGAGAUAUAUAAUAUGCAAGGGGGAAAACUAGUUGAUUUUUCCGAAUUUGCUUGCUACACUUUUUAUUUUCAAUGAGUAUAUGUUAUAUCAAACUUAGCAAUUUGUAAUUUUGAAUUUACUAUAUUAUUCCUCCCUUGUCCUUGCAGUUAAUUUUGAUGUAUUCACAAUUGUACUUAUUUGAGAAAAAACAAACAAUUUUUUUUAUUGAAUGUAAUGUACUUGAAUUUAAGGGUGUAGCUUGAAGUAUUGUUUCUAUAUAAACUUUAUAGUAAUGCAGUACCAAACAUUUGUAUUGGAAUCACUAAAGAUUCAUGAAUUGGCUGAAAUAAAUGUGAUUAUUGUAAUAUGUAAUAUGGAGAAUUGCAUAAAAAUCAUUUGAGACUGAAAUGAACAUGAAUAUGUUAUCAUGAUAUUAGAGAAUCUUGGGUUAAUUUCUUGCUGUGGAUAAUAAAAUAUCUUGUAAUGAUUUGCACAUAUCAAUAUUUUUGUGUUAAAAUAAAUUUUCUUUAAAGUUGUUUUCUGUAAAAUAAUGUGAUGUACUGUUCUAUUUGUAUUUGAUGGCCACUUGUCAUAAUAUAUAAAGCCUAAUCAUUAGUGAUAUUCAUAUGGCGCUUCAAUUUAAUGUAUCUGAAUUGUAAAGCCCAAAGACAAAUAAAUAUUGUACAUUAUAAUUGUUUCUUCAGUAUAUUCUUAAUAAUGUGCUCCAGUUUAAUCUUGGUGAAAACAUUUCAAUUCGGUAUGAAAUAACAAUAAAUGAGUAGUGUGGAAGGAUAUAAAUAUAAUUUGCUUAAUCCAAUAUGAAAUUUUAAUCUUAAAAUUUGUGUUCCCUUCAUUCUAAUUAAUAUCUGGGACCAGAACCAAUUUUUUUUAACAUUCUUUGAUACUACAAAUACUGCUUUCUAGGAUGAAUUUUAAAAUCAAAAUAUUGGAACUGUUCUCGAGAAAAUAAUUGUUUAAAAAUA